AUGUUACGUCCAGAACAAACGGAUGUACCAGUAAUUUAUGAAUCACUUGAAUUGCAUCGAACAGAUCCCAUGCAUACUGAUAAAAUUCAUCAUACUGAUAUACAACAACCACAACAUUUAGAACAAAAAGCUAAAGAAUAUGAGCCAACAGUACAUGAUCGAGAUGUCAUAAUUACAAAACGACAGCGUCAUAUAACACCACCAGCUAAUAUUGAUGUAGUAGAAGAGCGUUAUGAAGUAAUUAUAUGCGAACGCGAGAAGCCGAAUGAUGAACAAUUAACGGUUCGAGAAGAAACUGCUUUGUUAAAUGAACAU